AUGACUUCAAAUGGCCGAAGCGCUGCAGGCAGUUCCCCAGACCAAGCUCGGUCUAUCCACCUCGACGAUGCGUCCUACGUUCCCACCGCUCCGAGCUCCGAUUUCCAAACCCGUCUCGAGCUCUUUUCCACAAAGAUCCCCGAUUUCUACAUAGCACCUCUGUGCGGAGCUAGCGCUGGCGUGGCCUCUGGAAUCGUUACAUGUCCUCUUGAUGUCAUCAAAACGAAGCUCCAAGCUCAAGGCGGGUUUCGCCGAGGAGCAAAGGAAGUUGCAUCAGGGAUGUUGUACCGCGGAAUGCUCGGGAGCGGAAGGAGGAUCUGGCGAGAGGAUGGGAUACGCGGUCUCUACCAGGGAUUAGGCCCAAUGUUACUGGGAUAUCUUCCCACCUGGGCUGUUUAUUUGGCAGUCUAUGAUCGAACUCGUGAAUAUUUCUAUGACCAGACAGGAAGCUGGUGGUUAUCCCGCGGCUAUGCUUCAAUCACAGCCGGUGCAUGCUCAACAAUCGUGACAAACCCCAUUUGGGUCAUCAAGACGAGGCUCAUGUCGCAAAGCCUCAAACAAAACAGUGAAGGAGUGCGAGCUCCCUGGCAAUAUUCAGGUACAUGGGAUGCUGCUCGCAAGAUGUAUCAGAUUGAGGGCUUCCGUUCCUUCUAUUCUGGCCUCACACCAGCUCUACUGGGACUGACGCAUGUGGCCAUCCAAUUCCCCCUAUAUGAAUACUUGAAGAUGGCAUUCACAGGCUACGGUAUCGGUGAACAUCCUGAUACUGGGAGCUCACACUGGAUGGGAAUAACCCUCGCCACUUUCCUUAGCAAGAUCUGUGCAAGUACAGUCACAUACCCGCACGAGGUCUUACGGACUCGGCUCCAAACACAGCAGCGGACCGUGCCAGCGCCAUCCCACGAAGAGAUUGCGUUCCGCGGCGGAUUGAAUCAUCCCCAUGACCGUGGCCGGUCAAAGGGCAUCUCCUCAUCAGAUGGAAUGCCCAGCCGUCCACGUUACAAGGGCAUGAUUCGCACGUUCCAGACAAUCCUUCAAGAGGAGGGAUGGCGUGCCUUCUACUCCGGGAUCGGCACCAACCUCUUCCGGGCUGUCCCGGCUGCUAUGACGACCAUGCUCACAUACGAAUACUUGCGGAAGCAGAUCAGUACCUUGCAGCACGAGGGUGCACUUAAGCUUCAGAUGGAAGAAGAAACUCGGGGAUCUAUAUGA